AUGGGAAGCAUUUCAAAUGGAGCAAUCCAACAUGACUUGGAUCAACUGGUCGCUUCCGCCAAUGAAUACCAGAAGGAUUUGUCCGAUGAAGGCAGGUAUGACUUGAUGCUCAAGGCAAUUCGUCUCCUUCAGACCAUCCGCGGUCCGGCUGAUAUGCUCUUUGCACAGUUUGAGAAUAUAUCAAAUAUCGGAUCCAUUCGAGCCCUUCUGGAAGCGGGUGUUUUCCAUGCCAUUCCCACCGGCGGAAAGAGUAUCUCUGCCGCGGAGAUUUCUGCAAAGACUGGAGUGGACAAGGAGUUGAUUGUCCGUCAUAUGCGUGCUGCUGCUCCCCACGGACCAUUCAAAGAAACAGGGGAGGAGCAGUAUGCCCAUACGCCCUUUUCGGAAAUCUAUCUCGCGCCUCAAAUGAUGGCCGUCUUCAAAUUCAUGAUCGACGAAUUCGCCGCCCCAAAGCUCAGAAACCACGAGUAUCUGCGCCAGAAAAACUGGAAAAAUGAGAUUGGUCUGCGUAGUAACCCAUACACACUCGUGCACAACUGCGAGGGAAAGACCAUGUUUGAGCAUGUCGCUGAAUACCCCGACCGACUCAGCCUGUGCAACGAUGCCAUGAUGGCGUCGGAUUCGUCCUUGGUCACUGUCGGUCUGUACCCUUUUGCAGAAGAACUGGGCGAUCUGGCAAGUGAUGAUACGGUCACUCUCGUCGAUGUUGGAGGAGGUCGAGGCCAUGCCACUCGGCAGAUGAAAGAGAGUGCUCCGGGCCUCAAAGGGAGGUGGAUUCUUCAAGAUCAGGCACAUGUCAUCAAGGAUAAUGGGGGGGAAAUCAAGUCUCAUGGGAUAGAACCUAUGGCUCAUGACUUUUUUACUCCGCAGCCAGUCAAGGGAGCCCUGGUCUACUAUAUUCGACGCUGUCUCCACGACUGGCCAGAUGAGGAGUGUCAGCAAAUCCUGCAGAAUCUGGCUGCAUCUAUGGAUCGAGAAAAGUCUCGAGUACUGAUCACUGAAUAUAUUGUCCCCGAAGUAGGCAGCACGAUGUUCUCGGCGUGGAUGGAUCAGACAAUGAUGACCUUUGGUGGUCUGGAACGUACGGAGAAGGACUGGGCUCGUUUGCUGGAUAUUUCAGGAUUGCACUUAGUCAAGAUUUGGAGAACGCCGGGAGUGCCAGUCGGUGUUGUCGAGGGGAGGUUAAAGUGA